AUGUGUCAAAUCAUUUGCCACAUCCUGAAGUGCAUCUUUGUGAAGUACAUCCGUAAGAACUUGCCCAAGACCAUGGCAGAUGACUUGACAAAGAAGCUCAUGGCUGGAUAUUUGACAUCAGAUGCCACCAAACCUGUCAAAGAAGAAAACUUCUCCAGGGUUAUAAAUGAUGCUAUCAUAUGCUCUAAUGGCAGAUUAACAGAAGGUUAUCAAUACAUACAAGAUCUAAGGGACAAGAGGGAUCCGAAGAUGCCAGUGGAUAUGGCUACAGCAGAGAAGAAGGUUCUUAUAUUAGGGUCUGGUAUGAUGGUACCUCCAGUAAUUGAUUAUCUAACCAGAGAUAAGAGUCUAGCUUGUACUGUAGCAUCUGACAAAAAAGAAGUUGCUGAAGGUCUUGCCAGUCGGUAUCCCAACACUGGAGCCAUUUAUCUCAAUGUUGACAUGCAUCCAGAUCUACUUAGCAAAUGCAUCAAAGAACAUGACCUGGUUAUAAGCAUGUUACCUCUACAUCUUCACACAAGGGUAGCUAAGAAGUGUAUAGAGCAUAAACGUCACUUGGCUACAACUAGCUACACAUCACCAACACUCAGAGCAUUACAACAGAGUGCCGUGGAUGCAGGUAUAACCAUUUUGACAGAAGUUGGUUUGGAUCCUGGAAUUGAUCACAUGCUAGCUAUGGAAAGCUUUGAGAACGUCAAGCAACAAGGGGGAAAGGUGAAAUUGUUUGAGUCAUGGUGUGGUGGUCUACCAGCUCCAGAGUUUUCAGCUAAUCCUCUCAAGUACAAGUUCAGUUGGAGUCCUGCGACUGCUCUGUUGGCGAUGACCAGAGAUGCCAAAUACUUGAAGGAUCAGCAAGAGAUCUACCUUCCUCCUGGAAUGCAUAUGGAUGCUGCUAAUGUCAACAGCUUUAACUUCUUACCAGGGUUCAACCUUGAAGGUUACUGCAAUCGUGAUGCAAUGCAAUAUGUCUUCCUCUAUGGAAUCCCUACAGCAGAUAAUAUCAUCAGGGGCACCCUUAGAUACAAGGGCUUUUGUAAAAUUGUUACUGGCUUGAGAAUGCUUGGUAUAGCAGAUGAGAACCCACAUCCUGCUCUAGAUGAAGAUGCCCCUGAAAUCACAUGGAGAGAGCUGUUAUGUGUAACCAUGGGAGCUAGUAUGAGCAAAGAGUUCACAGAGGAGGAAGCUAACAAUAUGGCAUAUGAAGCAGUAGGAAAGGAUGAACAGAGACUGCAAGCAAUCAGAGAUUUGGGACUUCUAUCAGAUACUGUUGUAACAAAACAAGGUUCUCCUCUGAUGACCCUAUCCCAUCAUUUGGCUCAGAAGCUUUCAUACGGUGAAGGAGAACGUGAUCUUGUGAUCAUGCGUAAUGUUAUUGGUGUGGAUUGGUCAGAUGGUAGUCAGACCCAUGAGGAGGUAGGAUUAACCGUCUACGGAGAUCCCUAUGGUCUGUCAGCUAUGGCUAUAACUGUAGGAUACCCAGUAGCCAUUGCAACUAAGAUGGUCCUAGAAGGUGAGAUUCAACAGAAGGGUGUAGUUCUACCAUUAUCAAAGGAUAUUUACAAACCAAUCUUAAACCGUCUCCAGGCUGAAGGCAUCCGUGCAUCUUCUCGUUCUAUCAAAAUUUAAAUUCUUUCCCAAAGCCUCAAUCACAGCUAUAAAUACAUAUAUGUAUUUUGUACGUAUUUUAUCUGUGAGAAGUAAAAAUCUUGGACUUAUUGUUAAUACUUGUACUUAAAGGAUGGUCCGGGCUGAAAAUAUUUAUAUCUAAAUACAUAGAGUAGAAUUCACUGAGCAAAAUGCCGAAAAUUUCAUCGAAAUCGGAUAACAAAUGAUAAAGUUAUUGCAGUUUAAAGUUUUGCAAUAUUUUGUGAAAACAGUCGUCAUGAAUAUUCAUUAGGUGGGCUGAUGAUGUCAUAUCUCCACUUUCCGUUUUCUUAUGUUAUUAACAUAAAAUCAUAUUUUUUUCAUUAUUUCAUACAGGGUUGGCACGUUUUAAACGACAUGUUUUAAAACAUGUUUUAAAACGCGUUUUAAAACACCCGUUUUUUAAACCAAAAAAACGUGUUUUAAAACACCUCAUAGACUUGUGUGUUGUAAAUUUGGAUGGGUGUGAUUUUAGAUGAUUAUUUUUUUAAAUACUUUUAUUUCUUAAGUGGUGUAUUAUUUUCUUCCAACUUACUAAAAAACUUUCUCAACACCACUCUUUUUCUCCCCCUCAUUAUUCUCCCUUUCUCUAUCGCUUUGUCAUGUUCCUUUCCUCCCUGUUCAAUUGUGCACAUCAAUCCAUAUUAAGAAUUUUCACAUUUUAACAAACAUAUCUGAGUGUUGUGCUAAUUUGUUUGGACAGGGAAAGAAACACUAUUUAAAAUAAGCUCAAAUACAUGUGAUUGUAGUACUUGAA